UAUACAUAUUUGACACAUCUUUUAGCUUUUAAUCAAUUAUUGAUAAUAUAAUUUAAUUUGGAAAAAAGGGUAAUUUUGUCAUUUCACAUGGGUUCGCCGGAGUUAACGACGACGGAUUUAUCAACGAGUCGGAACACGGCGGCGUCAGGGAGAUCAUCGGUGAUAGAUUCAAUAUGGGGAUGUACGGGGUCGACGAUACAGAAGGAUGAUUUGAGGAAGAGGAUUACGAUACCGGAGUAUUUAAGGGUAGCGAUGAGAGAAGCAAUUCAGAACAAGGAUGUUGAUUCUGUGAUGCGGCAUUACGAUAUGGCUAAUGCUGCCGGAGCUGAACCUCCUCAGCCGUCGGAAUCGCCGAUCGUCGUUUUUAUUAAUGCGAAAAGUGGUGGUAGACAUGGACCUGAACUUAAAGCUAGGUUGCAGGAUCUUAUGGGUGAAGAACAGGUUUUUGACCUUUCAACUGUGAAGCCUGAUGAGUUCGUUCAAUAUGGACUGAGUUGCCUGGAGAAGUUUGCUGCUCUUGGUGACACCUGUGCGAAAGAGACUCGUGAAAAGAUAAGGAUCGUGGCAGCAGGAGGUGAUGGUACUGUUGGCUGGGUUCUUGGCUGCCUUGGUAAGCUUAAGAGACAGGGUCGGGAUCCAGUUCCACCGACUGGCAUAAUUCCACUUGGUACAGGAAAUGACUUGUCCAGGAGUUUUGGUUGGGGUGGUUCAUUUCCUUUUAACUGGAAGACAGCCACAAAAAGAAUUCUUGACAGGGUUGCCAAUGGUCCUAUCUGCCAUCUAGAUAGUUGGAAUCUUGUAAUAUCAAUGCCAGCUGGGGAAGCUCUGGAGACGCCUUAUUCUCUAAAAACUUCAGACUCUGCAUCUCUUGAUCAGGAACUGGAAAUUGAUGGGGAAUUACCAGAGAAGUCGUCCUAUUAUCAAGGAGUAUUUUACAAUUACUUUAGCAUAGGGAUGGAUGCGCAAGUUGCCUAUGGUUUUCACCAUCUACGGAAUGAAAAGCCAUACCUUGCUCAAGGUCCUCUAUCAAAUAAGUUGAUUUACUCAGGAUAUAGUUGCAAGCAAGGCUGGUUCUUUGCACCUUGUAGCAGUGAUCCUGGUUUAAGGGGAUUAAAUAACAUUCUGCGCUUAUAUGUCAAGAAGGUCAAUAGCUCAAAGUGGGAGCAAGUCCCUAUACCUUCAAGUGUUCGGUCUAUAGUGACUUUGAAUCUUCCUAGUUAUGGCAGUGGGAGGAAUCCAUGGGGGAAUUUGAAGCCUGAGUACUUGGAGAAGAAAGGUUUUGUUGAAGCCCACGCAGAUGAUGGAUAUGUUGAAAUAUUUGGCCUGAAACAUGGAUGGCAUGCUUCUAUGGUUAUGGUUGAACUCAUCUCUGCCAAACAUAUUGCCCAGGCUUCAGCAAUGAGGUUUGAAUUACGAGGCGGUGAAUGGAAAGAAGCCUAUAUGCAGGUGGAUGGUGAACCAUGGAAGCAACCUAUGAACAAGGAAUUUUCAACCUUUGUGGAAAUCAAGAAAGUACCCUUUCAGUCUACUAUGGUCCAUGGAGAGUAAAUAUAUCUAUGCAAAUUGUAUUUUACAUUUUCUUUUCUUUUCUUUUUCUGUUCUAGAUAGUUCCUUUUUCCUCUCCGUAAAUUUGUGUAAAGUAAUUCUUUCUAGCUCCCAAGAUCAGGAAACUGAAUCAAUUCUGGGCUAUGUAAUUUAAGAGAUAAUUUGCCAAACAUGUUAACAUUGUAAAUUUAUUCAUGAUUUGGUUAUGUAAAGAGAUUAGUCAAGAAUUGGCACAGCUCUAUAGGUAAAAUGUAUGAUUUAUUUGAGUG